ACAGAAGAUAAACAGUGCAGUUGCUCGACUGCAGAUGUCGAUGUGUUAAAUGUGUAAUUUUAAACGUAUAAAUUCAUACGUUAUUCGUUGUUGAAUGUAAUCUGACUUGUACGCCUUCAUACCCCACUAAAACUACACUAACAAGGAAAUAUCUAAUGUUCUGGUUACAUCAUGGACAGUGACUUAAGUCCACAGGAUAAAAAAGAUCUGGACAAAUUCAUCAAGUUUUUUGCUUUGAAGACUGUCCAGGUAAUAGUCCAAGCACGACUUGGGGAGAAGAUAUGCACUCACUCAUCUUCAUCACCAACAGGUUCAGAUUGGUUCAAUUUAGCCAUCAAAGACAUCCCAGAGGUGACCCAUGAAGCUAAAAAGGCUUUGGCCGGACAGCUCCCCGGCAUUGGGCGCUCCAUGUGUGUUGAGAUUUCUCUAAAAACAUCAGAGGGUGACUCUAUGGAGCUGGAGACGUGGUGUUUAGAAAUGAAUGAAAAAUGUGACAAGGACAUUAAGGUUUCCUACACCGUCUAUAAUCGUCUCUCUGUACUCCUGAAGUCGCUAUUGGCCAUCACCAGAGUCACACCUGCUUACAAACUUUCCAGAAAGCAGGGCCAUGACUAUGUUAUAUUAUAUAGAAUCUAUUUUGGUGAAGUGCAGCUCAGUGGAUUAGGAGAAGGUUUUCAGACGGUGAGAGUUGGUGUUGUGGGGACUCCAGUCGGCACAGUUACCCUCUCCUGCGCCUAUCGCACAAACCUAGCAUUUAUGUCCAGUCGACAGUUUGAGCGGUCGGCUCCGAUCAUGGGGAUCAUCGUGGAUCAUUUUGUGGAUGGUUCAUGUGGUCAGAGACCAGUGACAAUGGGACAGCCCUGCAACUACAGACCUCCUGACGAUGAAGACACUGGACCAUUCCCUGGAGUCCAGGAUUCACAGGAGGUCUGCACCACCUCCUUCUCCACCUCUCCUCCCUCACAGUGCGUCUGUACCCUGAGUCCGUCUCCCUCCAAACUGUCUAAGCCCCUCCCCCUGGACAGUCUCCCGCUCCCAUUGGCUCCUGGACUUGUCACUCACAACAAUAUGUACAGUUCCCGAUUGUGUUGUCAGCCUCCGAUCAUAACAGGCCCAGAGCUAUGUCACCCCAAUGCCACCAAUCAGGUGAUGCAUGCUGGGAAAGAGGGCACUGUCGUGCUGUUGCCGACACAAACACAAGAAGCUCAUCUGACGUUGGAGCAGGCGCACAAUACUUCCACCAGCAGUGGUGAUGAGGAGGGAUUGAGUCACAAUGGAGAUGGUCGAAGUGCGUCUCCUUCGGAUCCGGUCGAGUCUUUGUCAAAUUUCACCAGAAAGGUCGGAGCGUUCGUGAAUAAACCCAACGCACAGUUGACGGCAGCCAGUUUGGACCUGCCGUUUGCAGCCUUUGCUCCCAGAGGUUUAGAUGCUGAGGAGAAUGACAGAAUGGUGCAGCCCCCAGACUCCCCCUCCUGCCCCUCCCCUCUCCAGGGCAGUCUGCACUCACAGGGUUCAGAGGGGUCAGGGCCACAGGACGACUUCGUCAUGGUCGACUUUAGGCCGGCGUUCUCCAAAGACGACUUGUUGCCAAUGGACCUGGGCACGUUCUACAGAGAGUUUCAGAACCCUCCUCAGCUCGCCUCGCUGUCGCUCCACAUCAGCUCACAGUCUAUGGCCGACGACCUGGACUCUUUACCUGAAAAACUCGCCGUCUACGAGAAGAACAUGGACGAGUUUGAUGCUUUUGUUGACAUGCUGCAGUAACUCAAUAAAACCUGGACUGAAAAAUAAAAACUCAAAAUAGUGAAGAUUCAGGAAGCCCCCAGGGACAAGGUGAAGUUAGUACAAAAAUCAAACACUAAAUCUUAUAGUAGCUCCAUUGUAAAUAUUCAGUGAACUUAACCAAAUGCACAAGUUACUUUCCAUCAGGUAUAUGAUCAUUGAAGGAUUUUACUACAUCUAUAAAUACUCUCUCAGCAGCACGCUAGAAGUAUAGAGUUAAGGGUGAUGUCACUUCCCGGUCCAUCAGCUGACUGAAAAUAAUGCAAUCUCUUUUUAACAUGAAAUCUGUUGUCAGUCACUUAAUGCUAACAAGCAUGUAAUCAUGGCUCUAUGGUUAUUAUAACUGACAGAAAGUGUACGAGGGAGGUUGAGGUAAGAAGCAGGGCUAGGCUAAGAUAGCGUUAGCAGUGACCUGUGUUAUGCUAGAUAAGUACUACAUUAUUUACAUAUUUGAUACAAUUUGUGGUUAAACUUAGGCUUUUAAAAGGUUGUCUUUUGUUUGAUAAAUAAGGAACAAAGAUGAAGCUAGAAAUCAGCUGUGACGUUUCUGGUUGGACCUUGAAGUGACGUCACACUUAACAUUUCUAUAUAGACAGAUUAGCAGAUUUUAAUUUUAAAUGUUUGAAUUUUUAUUUUGACCAUUAUUAAUGCUAAAAUAACAUUCAAUUUUGUCACAUAAUUCAAAUUUUCUUUCAAGUAAAAUGUGUCCAAUUAUGUUUUGAACUAAAAUUUGAAAAGUCUGUACAAAAAAGUGACAAAAAUUCAGUUAAAAUUUAGACAUUUAAAAUAUUCCAUAUAGAAUUUUUUCCUUAUUAAUGGAAAGCAGUCUGUGGAGCGCAACAGUGACCGUCUGCUCCAGAAGUAAAUUUUACAUUCACCAAUUUCCCAUAGACUUUUAGGAAAAUUCAAAUAUUAUGAGUUGAAAGACAUUGCAGAGACUAACCAGCUACUUGCUAAGUAAUAUUACAUAAUGUGGUUGUUUUAAGUCCAGAAAGCGCAUUUAAAACUCAAGAUUUGGUGAAAUGCUUUGAUAGCUUAGUGGUUUAUAAAGUAUCCCAAACUGAUUUUAAAUAAAAUUAUAAAUCUUGUGGUUGUUAGUUAACACAGAGCCGAUUAACCCUGAGCGAGAUUUCAAACCUGUAAUAUAAUUUUUUUUCAAGUCUAUGGGGAAAAUGAAUGAGAAAUUUACGUCUGGAACCUGGGGGUGGGCGGCCACUGUCGAGCUCCAUUCAGUUUUAAUAUUAAAUGAAUGGCACCAUACUAAUGUUAUUUCUGAUUAGGAGUAUCAAUAUUUGGAUAACUUAUGUUUUUGACAAUAUAAUUCAGUUUAAAUUAGGGUACGAUAACAUGACUUGCCAUCCAACUCUUUGAUUUCAAUAAGUUAUAGAUUAAAGUGCAUAUGACAGUACUAAUUUCACUAAAACAUAGUUAACCUAAUUAUAUUUAAUCUUGUUUUUCAAUUGGUGAAGUUUAUCAUUUUAUGUCAGAAAAAUGCUAACAUAAAUUGUCCCUGGAUUUUGGAUGUAUAUUUCCGUGGUGAUGCCAUAGGUAGAGGGAUUCUGUUUAAGAGCUCACCGCUACUUCCUGUAUUUUAGUUCUUAACUUUUUUUUGCCUUAACUGAUGUAAAACUGUGAUAAAUAUUGACCACCAAACGCAGUCAGAAUUAGAAAAACAUGAACACCUGUCAUAUGCACUUUAACUUCACCUCGCAGUCCCUUGCCUAAAGAAAAUUAAUCUUUGAAUAUUUUUUGCCAAACUAUUUUAAUUUCUGUAAAAAAAAAAAAAAAAAAUCGAAUUCUAAAAUCAGAAUGUUAAUGUUCUGAUUCCCAGCUGGUAUGGGAGUUCAUAAGAGGAAGACUGAUUUUAGGCAAUCUGUCAAACUUAACCAUCUAUGUUUAAAAUAUUCAUUUGUCAAUUUAGAAGCAAUCAAGUUUUGAAAAUACUGAUUAAAGACCCCAUAUUAUGCCAUUUUCUGAUCCAUAAUUUUUUCAUCACAAACAGACCUGGAGUUGUUUUGUUUCAUUCACACAUGUUUAACACACAAACCCUGCAUAUUUCUUCUACUUUGUGAUGUCAUGUGAUAAUUCAGGUAAAGUCUAGUUAAAAACACAAUGGUGCACUUUCUGUAUUAUUUGGAUGAUUUCAGCCCUGGAAAUGCCAAUCUAUUGAACAAAAGGUAAAAAAUUGUUUUCAGGUAUCACUUAAUGACAGCACAAUGUGGAACAGAGCAUUUUGAGCUUUGGAGAUGUAGACAGACUAAUAAAGGAUUACUUAAACAUGUGAAUGAAACAAAACAACUCCAGGUAUGGUUUUGGGGCCAUCUUAACAUGGCUCAAGAGUCAAUUUUUUUCAUAAUAUAGGAUCUUUAAAACAUGAUUCACCAACUCAAGCCAAAACGUGCUACAUUUUCAAAAAUACUGUGUACAUUUUCCAUCUUCCCCACUAUAAAUGUGUAUAUUUUUGUAAAAAGGUAGAGAAUUAUUGCCAACUUGAGUUUCAUAAUUCAUGACUGUUUGGUUAAAGCUUUUACUGUUUAAAUUAAAUAAAGCAUGACUGGUCUACCCUGAAUACCUU